UCCUGCAAGUCCACCCUCUCAGCAGCCCACGUUUUCCCAGUUGAGAGUCCUUACACCCAACCCCUUCCGCAGAGGGUCUGCGGGGCUCAGCGUUCCAGCACGCAGGGAGUUAAGGAGCCUCAGGAUCCCACCGGGUUUGGGAGAAGGGGUGUGCAGAUCCCUCCGCGAGCAGCCUCGGCCGGCGCUUCUUCCUGCGGGAACCCCCUGGGUGCCGGCGGCGGCCGCGGGGCCAGGCCGCGCCGACAGGGGGCGGGGCGAGCAGUGGGAGGAGGCGGCUGAGGCGGAAGGACACACGAGGCUGCUUUGCUGCACACCCCAGAAAGUUUCAGCCAAACUUUGGGCGGCAACCGAGGCGGCGGCGGCGGCCCAGGAGCGGCAGAUCGGGGGUGCGGGGAGCUGAGGCAUACGAGCCUGAACUUGGGGGGCACACCGCGCCAGGCCGAGAGCCGCAGAAGCAGAAGGAGAGAAGGCAGCGGGGGCUCCUCAGUGGGGACCCCCUCCCCAUGUGGAUUUGCGCGGGCAGCUGCGGCGGCGGAGGAGGCGACCGUGACGAUGCCCGCCCUGUGCCCCUCGCUGCUGCGGGCGCUGCUGGCACUCUGGCUGUGCGGCGCGGGCUGCGCGCGCGCACUGCAGUGUCGAGAUGACUACGAGCCCUGUGUAAACAAGGGAGUAUGUGUUACUUACCACAAUGGUACAGGAUACUGCAAAUGUCCAGAGGGCUUCUUGGGAGAAUACUGUCAACAUCGCGACCCAUGUGAGAAGAACCGCUGCCAGAAUGGUGGGACAUGUGUGUCCCAGGCCAUGUUAGGGAAAGCCACAUGCCGUUGUGCCCCUGGGUUCACAGGCGAGGACUGCCAGUACUCCACCUCUCACCCCUGCUUUGUGUCUCCCCCUUGCCUGAAUGGAGGCACCUGCCACAUGCUUAGCCGGGACACCUACGAGUGCACCUGCCAAGUUGGCUUUACAGGGAAGCUGUGCCAAUGGACCGAUGCCUGUCUUUCUCAUCCCUGUGCCAAUGGAAGCACCUGUUUCACUGUGGCCAAUCAGUUCUCUUGCAAGUGCCCACCUGGCUUCACAGGGCAAAAGUGCGACACGGACAUCAAUGAGUGUGAAGUUCCAGGACAGUGUCAGCAUGGUGGCAACUGCCUCAACUUGCCAGGUUCCUACCAGUGCCAGUGCCCCCAGGGCUUCACAGGCCAACACUGUGACAGCCUCUAUGUGCCCUGUUCACCCUCCCCCUGUGUCAAUGGGGGCACCUGCCGGCAAACCAGUGACUUCACUUUUGAGUGCAACUGCCUUCCAGGUUUUGAAGGGAGCACCUGUGAGCGGAAUAUUGAUGACUGCCCUAACCACAAGUGUCAGAAUGGAGGAGUUUGUGUAGACGGGGUCAAUACUUACAACUGCCGCUGCCCACCUCAGUGGACAGGUCAGUUUUGCACUGAGGACGUGGAUGAAUGCCUGCUGCAACCUAACGCCUGCCAGAAUGGGGGCACUUGUACCAACCGCAAUGGGGACUAUGGCUGUGUGUGUGUUAACGGCUGGAGUGGAGCCGACUGCAGUGAGAACAUUGAUGACUGUGCCUUUGCCUCUUGCACUCCGGGCUCCACCUGCAUUGACCGAGUGGCUUCCUUCUCUUGCCUAUGUCCAGAAGGAAAGGCAGGUCUUUUGUGUCACCUGGAUGAUGCAUGCAUCAGCAAUCCUUGCCACAAGGGGGCACUGUGUGAUACCAACCCACUGAAUGGGCAGUAUAUUUGCACCUGCCCCCAAGGCUACAAAGGGGCUGACUGUACAGAAGAUGUAGAUGAGUGUGCCAUGGCCAAUAGCAAUCCUUGUGAGCAUGCAGGGAAAUGCGUGAACACAGAUGGUGCCUUCCACUGUGAGUGUCUGAAGGGCUAUGCAGGGCCGCGGUGUGAGAUGGACAUCAAUGAGUGCCAUUCAGACCCCUGCCAGAAUGAUGCCACCUGCCUGGAUAAGAUUGGAGGCUUCACAUGUCUGUGCAUGCCAGGUUUCAAAGGUGUGCAUUGUGAACUGGAGAUAAAUGAAUGCCAAAGCAACCCUUGUGUCAAUAAUGGGCAGUGUGUGGAUAAAGUCAAUCGCUUCCAGUGUCUGUGUCCUCCUGGCUUCACUGGGCCUGUCUGCCAGAUUGAUAUUGAUGACUGUUCCAGUACUCCGUGUCUAAAUGGGGCAAAGUGUAUUGACCACCCAAAUGGCUAUGAAUGCCAGUGUGCCACAGGAUUCACUGGUGUGUUGUGUGAAGAGAACAUUGACAACUGUAAUCCUGACCCCUGCCACCACGGCCAGUGUCAGGAUGGCAUUGACUCUUACACCUGCAUCUGUAAUCCGGGCUACAUGGGCGCCAUCUGCAGUGACCAGAUAGAUGAGUGUUACAGCAGCCCUUGUUUGAAUGAUGGCCGCUGCAUCGACCUGGUAAAUGGCUACCAAUGCAACUGUCAGCCUGGCACCUCUGGUGUUAACUGUGAAAUCAAUUUUGAUGACUGUGCUAGUAACCCUUGUGUCAAUGGAGUGUGCAAGGAUGGUGUCAACCGUUACAGUUGUGUUUGUUCACCAGGAUUCACAGGGCAGAGAUGUAACAUUGACAUAGAUGAGUGCGCCUCCAAUCCCUGCCGCAAGGGUGCGACAUGCAUCAAUGAUGUGAACGGCUUCCGCUGUUUAUGCCCUGAGGGGCCCCAUCACCCCAGCUGUUACUCACAAGUGAACGAGUGCCUGAGCAACCCCUGCAUUCACGGAAACUGUACUGGGGGCCUCAGUGGAUACAAGUGCCUCUGUGAUCCAGGCUGGGUUGGCAUCAACUGUGAAGUGGACAAAGAUGAGUGUCAGUCUAAUCCAUGUCAAAAUGGAGGAACUUGUGACAACUUAGUAAAUGGAUACAGGUGUAAUUGCAAGAAGGGUUUUAAAGGCUCUAAUUGUCAGGUGAAUAUUGAUGAAUGUGCUUCCAACCCAUGCCUGAACCAAGGAACCUGCUUUGAUGACAUAAGCGGCUACACCUGUCACUGUGUGCUGCCUUAUACAGGCAAGAACUGUCAGAUUGUACUAGCUCCCUGUUCCCCGAACCCAUGUGAGAACGCCGCUGUUUGCAAAGAAGCACCAAACUUUGAGAGCUACACCUGUUUGUGUGCUCCUGGCUGGCAAGGUCAGCGGUGCACAAUUGACAUUGAUGAGUGUGUCUCCAAGCCCUGUAUGAACCACGGUAUCUGCCAUAACACCCAGGGCAACUACAUGUGCGAGUGCCCCCCAGGCUUCAGUGGCAUGGACUGUGAGGAGGACAUCAAUGACUGCCUUGCCAAUCCUUGCCAGAAUGGAGGGUCCUGUGUGGAUGGAGUGAAUACCUUCUCCUGCCUAUGCCUACCGGGCUUCAUUGGGGACAAGUGUCAAACAGACAUGAAUGAGUGUCUGAGUGAGCCCUGCAAGAAUGGAGGGACCUGCUCUGACUAUGUCAACAGUUACACUUGCAAGUGCCCUGUGGGAUUUGAUGGUGUCCACUGUGAGAACAACAUCAAUGAAUGCACAGAGAGCUCCUGUUUCAAUGGUGGCACUUGUGUCGAUGGGAUUAAUUCCUUCACUUGCUUAUGCCCUGUGGGCUUCACUGGCCCCUUCUGCCUCCAUGAGAUCAAUGAGUGCAGCUCUCUUCCCUGCCAAAAUGAAGGGACAUGCAUUGACGGCCUGGGCACCUACCGCUGCACCUGCCCACUGGGCUACACUGGGAAGAACUGUCAGACCCUGGUGAAUCUCUGCAGUCGGUCUCCAUGUAAAAACAAAGGUACUUGUGUCCAGGAAAAGGCAGAGUCCCGGUGUCUGUGUCCCUCUGGAUGGGCUGGUGCUUACUGUGAUGUGCCCACUGUCACCUGCGAGAAGGCAGCCUCCCACAGAGGAGUGCCCCUUGACCGCUUAUGCCAACACUCUGGCAUCUGUAUCAAUGCUGGCAACUCGCACCACUGCCAGUGUCCCCCAGGCUACACGGGGAGCUACUGCGAGGAACAGCUGGAUGAGUGUGUAUCCAACCCCUGUAAGCACGGGGCCACCUGUAGUGGCUUCAUCGGCAGAUACAGAUGUGAGUGUGUCCCAGGCUACCAGGGUGUCAAUUGUGAGUAUGAAGUGGAUGAAUGCCAACAUCAGCCAUGCCAGAAUGGAGGCACCUGCAUCGACUUAGUGAACCACUUCAAAUGCUCCUGCCCACCUGGUACUCGAGGCCUGCUCUGUGAAGAGAACAUGGAUGACUGUGCUGGAGGUCCUCACUGCCUGAAUGGUGGUCAGUGUGUGGACAGGAUUGGGGGUUACAGCUGUCGCUGCUUGCCCGGCUUUGCUGGAGAGCGGUGUGAGGGGGACAUCAAUGAGUGCCUGUCGAGCCCCUGCAGCACCGAGGGCAGCGUGGACUGUAUCCAGCUCACCAACGACUACCAGUGUGUGUGCCGCAGCGCCUUCACUGGUCGUCACUGUGAAACGUUUGUCGAUGUGUGUCCCCAGAAGCCUUGCUUGAAUGGAGGGACUUGUGCUGUAGCCAGUAACAUGCCUGAUGGUUUCAUUUGCCGUUGUCCCCCGGGCUUCUCAGGAUCCAGGUGCCAGAGCAGCUGUGGACAAGUGAAGUGCAGGAAAGGGGAACAGUGUGUAUACACGGCCUCAGGACCCCGCUGCUUCUGCCCCAACCCCCAGGACUGCGAGUCAGGCUGUUCCAGCAACCCCUGCCAGCACGGGGGCAGCUGCUACCCUCAGCGCCAGCCACCUUAUUACUCUUGCCAGUGUUCCCCACCAUUCCGGGGCAGCCACUGUGAGCUCUACCGAACCCCAACCAGCACCCCACCCGCCACCUGCCUGAGCCAGUAUUGCGCCGACAAAGCCCGGGAUGGCGUCUGUGAUGAGGCCUGCAACAGCCACGCCUGCCAGUGGGAUGGGGGUGACUGUUCCCUUACCAUGGAGAACCCCUGGGCCAACUGUUCCUCUCCGUUGCCAUGCUGGGAUUACAUCAAUAACCAGUGCGAUGAGCUGUGCAACACGGCCGAGUGCCUGUUUGACAACUUUGAAUGCCAGCAAAGCAGCAAGACUUGCAAGUAUGACAAAUACUGUGCAGACCACUUCAAAGAUAACCACUGUGACCAGGGAUGCAAUAGUGAGGAGUGCGGCUGGGAUGGGCUGGACUGUGCUGCUGACCGGCCGGAGAACCUAGCUGAGGGGACCCUGGUCAUCGUGGUGCUGAUGCCCCCAGAACAACUGCUCCAAGAUUCUCGCAGCUUCUUGCGGGCGCUCGGCACCCUGCUUCACACCAACCUGCGCAUUAAACGGGACUCCCAGGGAGAACUCAUGGUCUACCCCUAUUACGGCGAGAAGACAGCUGCAUCAAAGAAGCACAGAUGGACACGCAGGUCCCUGCCUGCUGACCCAGAGCAGGAAGUGGCUGGCUCAACCGUGUUUCUGGAAAUUGACAACCGCCAAUGCGUUCAAGAUUCAGACCAGUGUUUCAAGAACACAGACGCAGCAGCAGCUCUUCUGGCUUCUCACGCCAUCCAGGGAACCCUGUCUUAUCCUCUUGUGUCUGUUGUCAGUGAAUCCUUGAAUCCAAAACCCACUCAGCUUCUCUAUCUGCUUGCUGUUGCUGUUGUCAUCAUCCUAUUUAUUAUCCUGCUGGGGGUUAUCAUGGCAAAGCGGAAGCGGAAGCAUGGCUCCCUUUGGUUGCCUGAAGGCUUCACUCUUCACCGAGACUCCAGUAAUCACAAGCGUCGUGAGCCUGUGGGCCAGGAUGCUGUGGGGCUCAAAAAUCUCUCAGUACAAGUGUCUGAGGCUAACCUGAUUGUUUCUGGAACAAGUGAACAUUGGGUUGACGAUGAUGGGCCUCAGCCAAAGAAAGCCAAGGCUGAAGAUGAAGCUUUGCUCUCAGAAGAAGAUGACCCCAUCGAUCGCCGCCCGUGGACACAGCAGCACCUGGAAGCAGCAGACAUCCGCAGGACACCGUCGCUGGCGCUCACUCCCCCCCAGGCUGAGCAGGAGGUGGACGUGCUGGAUGUGAAUGUUCGUGGCCCAGAUGGAUGCACCCCCCUGAUGCUGGCUUCCCUCCGAGGGGGCAGCUCUGAUGUGAGCGAUGAAGAUGAAGAUGCUGAGGACUCUUCCGCGAACAUCAUCACAGAUUUGGUUUACCAGGGCGCCAACAUCCAGGCCCAGACAGACCGCACUGGCGAGAUGGCCCUGCACCUGGCAGCCCGCUACUCAAGGGCUGAUGCUGCCAAGCGUCUCCUGGAUGCGGGUGCCGAUGCCAAUGCCCAGGACAACAUGGGCCGCUGCCCUCUCCAUGCUGCAGUGGCAGCUGAUGCCCAAGGUGUCUUCCAGAUCCUGAUCCGAAACAGAGUAACCGAUCUGGAUGCCAGGAUGAACGAUGGUACUACACCCCUGAUCCUGGCUGCCCGCCUGGCUGUGGAGGGAAUGGUGGCAGAACUGAUCAACUGCCAAGCAGAUGUGAAUGCAGUGGAUGACCAUGGAAAGUCUGCUCUUCACUGGGCUGCUGCUGUCAAUAAUGUAGAGGCAACCCUUUUGCUGUUGAAAAAUGGGGCCAACCGAGACAUGCAGGACAACAAGGAGGAGACACCUCUGUUUCUUGCUGCUCGGGAAGGAAGCUAUGAAGCAGCCAAGAUCCUGCUGGACCACUUUGCCAAUCGGGACAUCACAGACCACAUGGACCGUCUCCCUCGGGAUGUGGCACGAGACCGCAUGCACCAUGACAUUGUGCGCCUCCUGGAUGAGUACAAUGUGACACCUAGCCCUCCAGGCACUGUGCUGACCUCCGCCCUCUCCCCCGUCAUCUGUGGACCCAACAGAUCGUUCCUCAGCCUGAAGCACACCCCAAUGGGCAAGAAGCCUAGACGGCCUAACACCAAGAGCACCAUGCCCACCAGUCUACCCAACCUUGCCAAGGAAGCCAAGGAUGCCAAGGGUAAUAGGAGGAAGAAGUCUCUGAGUGACAAGGGCCAGCUAUCUGAGAGCUCAGUGACUUUAUCCCCCGUGGACUCUUUAGAGUCUCCUCAUACCUAUGUCUCUGAUACCACAUCCUCACCAAUGAUCACAUCCCCUGGGAUCUUGCAGGCCUCCCCCAACCCUCUGUUGGCCACAGCUGCCCCUGCCGCCCCAGUGCACACACAACAUGCACUGUCUUUCUCCAGUCUUCAUGAGAUGCAGCCUCUGGCUCAUGGGACCAGUACUGUGCUCCCCUCAGUGAGCCAGCUGCUGUCUCACCACCACAUUGUUCCCCCAGGCAGUGGGAGUGUGGGGAACUUGGGUAGGCUGCAUCCGGUCAGUGUACCUGCAGACUGGAUGAACCGCAUGGAGAUGAAUGAGGCCCAGUACAAUGAGAUGUUUGGCAUGGUCUUGGCUCCAGCUGAGGGCACCCACCCUGGCAUAGCGCCUCAGAGCCGGCCACCUGAGGGGAAGCAUGUAACAACCCCCCGAGAGCCUUUACCUCCCAUUGUGACUUUUCAGCUGAUCUCCAAAGGUGGCCUCACUCAGCCAGCUGGGGCUCCCCAGCCUCAGCCCAACUGCCCUCCAGCUGUGGCAGGCCCUCUGCCCACCAUGUACCAGAUUCCAGAAAUGGCUCGUCUGCCAAACAUGGCUUUCCCCACUGCCAUGAUGUCCCAACAGGAUGGGCAGGUAGGUCAGACCAUCUUGCCAACCUACCAUCCAUUCCCAACCUCGGUGGGCAAGUAUCCCACACCCCCAUCACAGCAUAGUUAUGCCUCUUCCAAUGCUGCUGAGCGAACACCCAGUCAUGCUGGUCACCUCCAAGGGGAGCAUCCCUACCUGACACCUUCCCCAGAGUCUCCUGACCAGUGGUCAAGCUCAUCACCCCACUCUGCUUCUGACUGGUCAGAUGUCACCACAAGCCCUACACCUGGGGGUGCUGGAGGAGGUCAGCGGGGACCUGGAACUCAUAUGUCUGAGCCGCCACACAGCAACAUGCAGGUUUACGCGUGAGUCUGCCUCCAGCGCAGGGACAGAACUGCCUAUUGUACAUGCUGCUGAGGAACAAAUGAAGGUCAACCGGACGAGAAAUGAAGAAAUCUCUGGAACCAGCUUCUGGAACUGGGAGAGAGGAGAUACGCAAGGGAAGCAAUUUUAUCAGCUUCCUUAGCUGGGUAUCUGCAGGGUUUGUUUGUUUGUUUGUGUUUUUUUUUUAAUUAUGUUAUUUUAUUUUGUUUUUGUUUUUGGAGAGAAGGAUAUCCCUCCUUUAAUCUCUUGCCCAUCAAGUCAAGUUCACGGAAAUGCAAGUCAACUAUAAGACUUGGAACCAUGCUUACCUUUCCGUGUGGAAAAUAAAGAGUUGAUGCCUGUGGUAGCCCAGCAUUCUUGCAACUUGAACUGCAAUUUCAUGCCCAUGAGAAGAUUCCACAGUAGAGUCCCACUGGGGAACUGUGCCCUGAAGUUCAGCUGGAGUGGACUGAUCUUCUCCUCUCGUUUUUAGAUGUUCUGUUGACUUCAUCUGGUGCUGUCGUUUUGGCACCUGUCAGUAGUUGUAGCCCCGUCAGCACGUUAGAGGGCAAGACCUCUGUGCUUUUAAUCAUUCCAUCUCUGGCAAGCAACUCUCUCUUUCUAUCUUCACCCCCUCGUUUUCUUAGUGUUUAAAGAGUCUCACAGGACUCAUCUUGAUUAUGGUUCUCAGCAUAAGCCUCUUAACUAUGUUUCUCCACUGCGUUUUCCUACGCAACAUUCCCAGAAGAAGAAAGGGAACAAUUUUCUUGGACAGAGGAGACCUCUCAAGAGGCUGCACCUUAACCUUUUCACCUGCCUGAAGGACUUCAUAUACACCUUACCAUUUAAAAGGAUUUAAAAAAUAAUAAUUGGUGGUUUCUCCUUUUGUAGACUCAUUAUGAAGUUUUAUCCUUGGAAGCGUAGGCACUUUGAUGCCAUUAGACAAACAGACCAACAGACAAAUGUUUGGGAUGUUGGAGGACAAGACCUAAGCCAACUCUUGUAAGAGGUGGUUACUCACUGGCAGGCCCUUCCCCUUUCUUCCCAGACCCACUGGCUGCCAGUGGGAAGCACAUCUGCUCCCAGAUUUUUGACCCCUCAACCUGCAUUAUGCAUUCAACCAUCAGAUGAAACUAGUCCUUAACUGUUUAACCUUCACACCCAUAUGUAUGCAUAGCAGAAAUGUCUCAAAUUAUACUCCCUUGCCAUUUAGAACCCAACCACCUUUGGCUCAAGGAACCUCAAACAGUCAUCUUCCUUCCAUCAGGAGAUCACAGACUCAGUUUCCUGAUUCUCUUUCUCACCAUAGGUCUAUUCAUAUCUUCCUUCCACGUGGUCUGAAUGACCAGUGUUUUCCCAGAGUCACCUGGCUGAUAAUGAACAAAUAUAGACUCCUUAUCUUUAAUGUCCUUAUAUUAGGACAUUGCAUCUCCUCUGAGAUUAAUUUCUGGAUUUCUGGUCUUAGAAACUUCCUUGACCCUCUGGACCUUCUGUCAAAGGCAGAGGCAUUCUAGCGAAUGCUAGAAAUAGGAGGAAAGUAGCUCCCUUGUCCCUGAGUCGACUUAUCAUCAGUCCAGUGCCUACACUGUCAUUUCUACCCAGUGCUGUGUUGUUUUGACACCUGGAAGAUUCAUUCUUCCAGGGCAUAUUGGAAGUGAUUAUAAGUGGGUGCCUUCAACCUACUUUGUUUUGGUUUGAAUGGCAGUCUUCAUUCCUGCCAUGGUUGGGGAUAUUCACCAGUGCAUCUCACUUAGGUGAUCUGUCUGUGGCCCCCAAUAGAAACCCUGAGUGUCUGUGAGCAUAGAUGUUUUCAGAUAGCUAUUUUAGUCUGACCCAAGUUCCUUGAAACAGCAAAGAUAAGUCCUACCAUAUUACAAGCAGAUUGUUCACUCAGUGUUUCGCUCUCUUCCAUGGCAAGUGCACCAACCCCUUUCAUACUGUAUAAUAUUGUAUGAUUCUAAAUGGUGCCUCACUAUCCUUGGACCACUGUGAUUCCACUGCCCAGUCCUUGUACUGCUGUUCUGCUCUAACGACACUUCCUGAAAGUGUUAGCUUCAGUUCCAGCAGCUUGGAUCUUUUAUUUCGAUAGCUUUUUCUCUCCUCAAGCCUGAUGUAGCCUGAUUUACUUACUUCUCCUUCUUGAUACUCCUUGAGUCUGGGGGAAGGAAAUGGUAAAACUGUCCAUACAUACAGCAGGCUUCAUGGAUGUGAAGUGAAGACACUGCCUUCUAAGCAGCUCUCAAGUCUCUGAUUUUAAAAUCCAGGCAUUGCAUGAUGUCUAGGAAAAAUACUAGGUGAGCUAAAGAAUCACUUUCUCCUUUGGGGUCUGAAUUGGAGACUACAUUUUUUUUUAUGGAAUACAUUUUUUCACCAUGUAUAGGUCACCCUCCACAUUGUUUUUGAUUUAUUUUGAUUUUUAUACUACUAUGUGUACUUAACUAGUGCGCCACUGCCCAGCCCCUUAUUUUCAUUUUUAUAAAUUAUUCCUUAGACUCUUCUUUGUCUGCCCUUGAAGAAUUUUUUGUUGUUCUUAUUUGUGUUAAGCAUCAUUUUCUGACUUACCUCAUGGUGGGAGAGGGAGAGGUGAUGAAUAGAAUGACCAAGAAUGAAAGGAUUCGAGUAUGCAGUCUGCUGUGAUGUGCAAGUCCAUUAUACCAUUUUAUGAUUAAAUUCACUAUUUCAUAAUCCUUGAAGGAAGACAACCAAAGGUGUCAGUCUUCUAUUGGCAGGCGCAUUAGGAAUUUGGGCCUUGAUCAGUACAUUGAAUGUAUGAUAACAAUUGUGAGGACAUGUUUCUGUACCCCAAGGUUUCCAUUUGUAACUCCUUGGUACUAUGGCUCUUGUGUACAUUUUUUUUUCAUUUAAGUGAUAUUACAACUUUGUAUGAGAAAGCUAAUAACCAGUAAAAUGACUGCAUAUUCCUACUAUGUACACAGUAAGGAAAAUGCACACUUCAUUUUUUUUAAUGUUUCAUUCUAAAAGUAGGUAAGAUGGGAUUUAUAUAAAAGCAUUUUUAUCACAAAAUAAAAAAAGAUUCCAUGUCAA